UCGUGUUGUUAACAAGCACCGAAGUACGUGUUCUUUAAUCCUUGAUUUUGAGUAAAACGUUUAAACCAACUUCGUGCAUAAUUUUGUUAGAGCAGCAAUACAUGAAUGAAAACUCAUGAAUGACUGGGAGGAAGUGAAGCGUUUGGCAGCUGAUUUUCAGCGUGCUCAACUCAGUAGUACUUCUCAUAAAUUAUCAGAAAGAAAUUGUGUUGAACUUGUUCAGAAGUUGAUUGAUCUUGGUCUAAUACAUGUGAUCUACACGACAGAUGGUAGGGAGUAUCUCACGCCCAAUGAAUUAGAAAAAGAAAUUAGAGAGGAAUUAUUUGUGGAAGGAGGCAGAAUUAAUCUCGUUGACCUUCAACAGGUUAUUAAUGUUGGUCUUAAUCACAUUGAAAGUAAAGUUGCUGAGAUUAUUAAAGCUGAUCGCGAUCUUAUUUUAAUUCAAGGCGAACUGAUAGACAAACAAUAUCUUGAUCGUAUAGCGGAGGAAAUAAAUGAAAAACUCCAAGAAUCAGGUCUUGUUUCUAUUGGAGAACUUGCAAAAACAUUUGGUUUCGCUACAGAAUUCAUUGUUGAGACAGUUGAAGAUCGUCUUGGAUCACUUAUUCACGGCAAACUUGAUCGUCUCGAGAAAGGAGUUUUAUUCACUGAUUCUUUCAUCGCUAGACACACAGCGCGUAUCAGAGGUGUUCUUAGCGCAAUCACAAGACCUGCUUCUCUUUCUAAUCUUAUUAUUGAGUACGACUUCCAGGAAAAACUUUUUUACACUGUAAUGAACGACUUGCUGUCACAAAACAGACUGUGUGGUACAAUUCAGGGUCGACACGAUAAAGCCAGCUUUAUUCCUGAUAUUUACUCACGUACUCAAAACGCCUGGGUCGAUGCAUUUUAUCAACAAAAUGGUUAUUUUGAAUACGAUAACUUGGCGCGACUUGGUAUUACUGAUGCACGAAAUUAUCUGAAACGUCGUUUUAAAAGCGAGUCUAUUGUCUACUUAAAGACAUGUUGUGCUGGCAGGCUAGUUGUUGAUAAUCUUGAUGCGGCUAUUGACGACGCUCUGUCGUCUGGGACUUGGCUUGAUGUCAUGACGGUCUUACCUUCUCCGUUCCUCCCGGAUGAUGCAGCUUUGCUAUUGGAGAAAUCCUUGAAGAGUGCUGGUCGUUCCUCUGCGCAUGUCUUUUGUGGUUCAAUUAUUGUGAGCGAGAAAUUUAUCGAGGAGUGUAUCGCACCUUUUGAUAAUUUGAUGCAGGAAAAAGCAAAGAAGGACGCCGUUUUGUCACCUGCUCUACUCUCUGAGCUUUCUAAGAAAGAUUUACUUGAUCUAUCUGAGACAAAACCGUCAAAACAAGACAAGAAAGACGAACGACGUGUAAAAGCUGCAGCUGGUGGGGGAAGCAAAGGUGGUGGAGGGAGAGGGGCUCGUGAAGUGAAAACAAAAAAGAAAGACAAGAGUAAGUUGAAAGCCGAGAAACAAAUCGAAGAUAGUGAGAAAAAGUCUUCAAAUGAAGAAUUAAUGUUUAUGGAAACAACCGAGAUUGCUGAAGUUUUAUUGAAACAUCUCAAAGAUAUUCCUGAACAAUUGAUCGAGGAACUUUCGGAUUAUUUGCACAGACCAUUAUUGAAGAAGUACCAAGAAGUUGCCCGAAAUAUGUUUUUAUCGACUGGGGAUGAAAAACGUAAAGUUCAUGUCGAUCUUCAAGAUAAAGUAACAGGAUUGUAUUUAAAUAUUCGUCUUUUUCAUAAAGGCGUGGAAAAAUUUCCAGAUGAGGUUCAGUUAAUCAUAGCUCGUCAUCUUCUCAAAACUUUAUGCACCGACAUGACCAAUUUAGCGAUAAAUUGUUUGGCUGCUGACAAUAUGAUGGCGGUCUCAGAUGUUAAAACAUUAACACAUGAGUUACGAUUGAAAAUCAUUUCAAAAAUGCCAGAAAAGCAAAAGAAUGUUCUCAGCAAGUUGGUAGCUUCCCUAAAUGGAAAGAGCCUUGACGAAUUUUUCGUGCAAUUUGACGAAGUUUGCGGUCCCGGAUUUUGUGAAAUUCUCAUCAAGAAACUAGACAAGAAAAGGGAAAAAACAUUGUUGGCCGAGCAUCGUCAAAACUUGUUAGAGCAGUUCAGACAAGAGAACGAGCCUGCAAUGGCUUUACAUUUGGCAGCGGUAACUUUGUUUCAAAAUCACACUGGAUGUAUAGUGAACGUGCCUGGUAAAUGUGUUCCAUAUAUUAUCACAUUCUUGUCCGAUUACAUGUCACCAACUGAUCAUCUAAAACUAAAACAAUAUGAAAGUUUGGUAGUUAAAAAGUUAAGUAAAGUAAAGAAUGAUAAUGAUGUGAACGGUGGUGAAAAAAGUAUAGAGACUUUACUCGAGGAAGGCUUGAUAGAAAUCAAAGACGUUGUUUUUAGAAGCAAAAAAUCUUUUCCUCAACAUAGCGAAUGAACCUGAAACUACAAUUAAUCUUAGAGUGACGUGUGGUAUUCAAACAUCUAUUGUUGAAUAAAAUUUGUCAUUGACGUAACAUGUUUGACGUAACGUGACAUGUUUGAAGUAACGUAACUAAGCGCUAAACACGUAACAGCGUUUUUUUACAGAACUUUCUUUAAUAGAAAAUGCGUCAUUCUUUUAUCUUGCGUAAGAUUGUUGUUGAAGUUCCGUCCAAUGACAUGUACUUCUGUAUCUUAAGAUUCUAGAAUUUAGAUCCUAAAAUCAAAGAAAUGGUGAACAAUAAUCUCCGUUUGUGAGGACGUGAAGUAGGAUUAUGAGUUAUUUAGCUGCUGUUGGUAUAACAUUUAAUUUCACACAAUAUUGUUAAAUGUUUGUCCACGUUUAAUUAUAAUUACUGGAAUUUA